AUGAACGAUUUUUUCAAGGAAACAGAGAAACUAGAAAACCGUGCAAAGGUUCUUCGCGAGGCUAUGAUCGAGAACCCGACCAACGCGGAACGCUCUGAAGAUCCAAUUCUCAUUGAUUCAGAGACCUUGGACGAGGCUGAAGCGCAAAAUCUCCUCUCUGGAAAAGACCUGCUGGCGAUGAGAGCCCACCAAUGGCAUGCUCCGGAUGAUUUGCAAGAGUGUUUCGGACCAUGCAAAAUCUUUGCCCUCUACUUCUCAUAUGCUCGAAUCAUGGCACUCUUGCAGGGUGCUGGUUUCUCGACUGGUCUACGUAUUGCAGUGGUCGAGGACAGCGGACAGAAAGCCCUGGGCAUUUCCACCGCUAUGGGGUUUGCUGUAGUAUUGUCGGAAUGGAUUGCUAGCGAGUGGUGGGCGACGGGAAAGGCCAAACCAGCAAGCAAUUCCGACCAGCAUGAGAAGAGUUGCCAUCAUUGA